UGCGAAGUAGAGCAAAAUGGCAACUCUGGCAGAAACCUAUGCGUGUGCCCCCUCAACGGAGCGAGGCCGAGGGAUCCUAAUCUCCGGGGAUCCCAAGUCCAAUUCCAUCCUCUACUGCAACGGGAGGUCAGUUUUGAUCCGUAACCUCGACAGGCCGCUUGAUGUCUCUGUCUAUGGGGAGCACGGAUACCCGGUCACCGUAGCUCGCUACUCGCCUAAUGGUGAGUGGAUCGCCUCCGCUGACGUCUCGGGCGUAGUCCGUAUCUGGGGUACACACAAUGAGUACGUGCUGAAGAAUGAGUUCAAGGUUCUCUCGGGUCGGAUCGACGAUCUCCAGUGGUCCCCCGACGGGUUACGUAUCGUCGCUUGCGGGGAUGGCAAGGGAAAGUCCUUUGUUCGCGCCUUCAUGUGGGAUUCAGGGACGAGUGUAGGCGAUUUUGAUGGCCACUCCAGAAGAGUCUUAUGUUGUGCAUUCAAACCAACGAGACCGUUCCGUAUCGUCACAUGUGGGGAAGAUUUCUUGGUGAACUUUUACGAUGGUCCACCAUUUAAGUUCAACUCAUCUCACAGGGAGCACUCAAAUUUUGUCAACUGUGUUAGAUUUUCUCCUGAUGGCAGCAAAUUCAUCAGUGUAAGCUCGGAUAAAAAGGGUUUAAUCUAUGAUGGAAAAAGUGCAGAAAAAAUUGGAGAGUUAUCCUCACAAGAUGGCCAUAAGGGCAGCAUCUAUGCUGUUAGCUGGAGCCCUGAUGGAAAACAGAUACUUACUGUGUCCGCUGAUAAGACUGCAAAGGUGUGGGACAUUUCUGGGGAUGGUAGUGCUGGAAAGGUAAAAAAGACAUUGGCAUGUCCUGGAUCAGGCGGAGUAGAUGACAUGCUUGUUGGAUGUCUUUGGCAGAAUGAUCAUCUUGUUACUGUUUCACUUGGGGGCACAAUGAACUUAUAUUCUGCAAGUGACCUUGACAAAAGCCCAUCAUCAUUAUCUGGACAUAUGAAGAAUGUCUGUGCAUUAAGUUUCCUCGAAGGCAACCAGAAAAUGAUACUAUCCGGCAGCUAUGAUGGACUCAUUGUCAAAUGGGUUCUAGGGGUUGGGUGCAGUGGCAAAUUACAAAUGAAAGAUGGUGCUAAAAUCAAAUGUUUAGCAGCUAAUGAACAACAGAUUAUCUCAUCUGGAUUUGACAACAAGGUAUCGAGGAUUCAUCUGAAUGAGGAUGACUCUAAAGCUGCAGAGAAUGUUGAUGUUGGCAGCCAACCAAAGGACUUGAGUCUCGCUGCUAAUAUCCCUGAAUUGACUUUGGUUUCAACCGAAUGCGGAGUUAUCUUGCUUAACAGCCUGAAAGUUGCGUGUAAUGUCAACCUUGGGUUUACUGUGACGGCAUCUGCAAUUGCAUCUGAUGGGAAGGAAGCAAUUGUGGGUGGACAGGACGGUAAGUUGCACAUUUUCUCUAUCUCAGGCAAUACCCUCACAGAAGAAGCAGUACUCGAGAAGCACAGAGGUCCAAUAAGUGUGAUACGGUACUCUCCAGAUGCUUCUAUGUUUGCUUCAGCUGAUGGCAACCGUGAAGCUGUUGUUUGGGAUCGUGCCUCUAGACAGGUGAAACUUAACAACAUGCUGUUCCACACUGCUCGCAUAAACUGCCUAGCUUGGUCUCCUGAUAGCUCUAUGGUUGCCACUGGAUCUGUAGACACUUGUGUAAUCAUAUAUGAAAUCGCAAAGCCUGCUUCAAGCCGCAUUACCAUAAGGAAUGCUCAUCUAGGUGGAGUUCAUGGCUUGGUUUUUACUGAUGACUCAACUGUGGUCAGUUCAGGGGAGGAUGCCUGUAUUCGUGCAUGGAAAUUAACACCACAAUGAGGAGAGUGAGCACCAAAAGCAAAAUCCAGACUGAUUCGACAGUACUGAUUGCUUUUGAUCUCGUUAUCAAUCAAAUUCUGCAAUAUGAUUAUAUGCAAUUGCUGCAUGUGAGUUCAGAGGGAG